AUGGCCAAGGGCGCGCAGAAACGCAUCGCAUCGACGAAUGCCCGUGCGGUACAGACGCUAGCGCUGGGCUUUGCCAUCAGCAACACGCUGUACGUGCUCGCACAGCUCGUGCGGUACCGCUCCCCCCGCUGGCCGGCGGCUGUGCUGGUGCCGUACCUGCUGACCGAGGCGGUCGCUGCGGGCCUCGCGUGGCAGCUCGUCGGCAUGGCGCGCCAUGGCGCCGACCUAGCGCAGGCCGGCCUCACCGCGUACAUGUUCGACAUCGUCUACAUCACAUGGUUCGUCCACGGCACGACGGCGCUCGUCUCCCGCCACUUCUGGUGGACCUACCUGGUGAUCCCCUUGUAUGCCCUGUACCUGCUCUACACGCACAUCCUCGCGCCAUACGUGCUCGGACGCGGUCGCGCGCCGCCGCAGGCCACACACGACAAGGCGCCCGCCGCCAGCAACGAGCCGGCGCUGAGCAAGCGCCAGGCCAAGCUCCAGGCGCGCCAGGCGCGCGGCGCCACGGUCCGGCAAGUGCGUCGUGCGUAG